UCCAGACUGACAACAUCUCUUUCCCGCGGCCGCGCCUAUCUUGAGAUCUGUGCAGUCAGCUGACACGUUUGUUUGUCCAUAUUUACCGUCCUAUGUCUCGCUCAGCCUCGGGGAACAGCUGCAGGAGAGUUGUGGGCAUUUCCAGGAGUAGUUUUAUGACCCUGGUUUACUCACCUGGUGGGCUUCCCGACCCCACAAUACACAUGACGAGGAGGGGGUACUAGGAAGCCAGCACUCUGCAGAUGUGCCAGCUCUCAAUAUAUAAUUACAUACACAAAAACAAAAUAUGAACUAUAGGAGCUGGUAUUCCUCAUCCCGGAAACACAACUGGGAUUACAAUUAUCACCAAGAUCGAAGAGACAGAGCAUGGCCACAAUUCAGGCAAGAGGACAUGACAUCACAAGGCAACAGCAGCAGCAGUCUAGCUGGAAACACUGAUCAACAGAAUAUAAAUAGAGUCCAGCCCAGUCUCAGAUCAGUGAUUGUACAUCCUCAUGGAAAUCGUGCCUUUCCCUAUCAUACUAACCAAAGGGGAAAUUCUCAUCAUCAGUCAUCUUUUACUUCUUAUAACCAACACGGAAAUAACUAUCCAAUGCACCAGAGAAAUGAGCCACUUACCACCACACAAGGAAAUAGAUCAAAUAUCAUCAACCAAGCCAAUUUGUCAUAUGUCAGGUUACAGGAAAGUUCUUCCAGUUCUAAGGCUCAGGGAAACUCACAGACCAGAACCCCCCCGAAAAAUCCACUAAGGAAACGGCAGCAGCAGCAGAACAACACCAAGGUUUUAAUGACCACACCUCCAUUUUUGGAAGUCAUUGCACCAUUAAAAGAGGUCCUGCUAUUUCCCACUGGGAAUGACCUCUUUGAGCUUCAAAUCCAAGAGCAUGUCCUUAAGCACUUCAAACCCUGGACUGACAACUCUUAUCAAGUUGUGGUUAGAUUCUGUAGAUAUAUUCCGGGGAGCAACCAGAAGGAUUACUAUCCUUCAUGUCUCCAACUCAGAGUUAAUGGACUACUGUGCCAUCUUCCAGGUUGCGGUACAAUUCCUAAGGGACCAGCUACUCCAGUUGAAAUCACCAGCAAGUGUAAUUUUCUUAGAAAUAGUAAUACCAUAGAUGUGAAGACCAGUGAGAAGCUGAUGAUGUUCGUCCAGGUCACAAGGAGGCUCACCCAUGAAGAUUUGCUGCAGAAACUCGUAGCCAAGAGCUCCAUCCCCCCCACUGUCACAGUGGCAAAAAUUAAAGAGAAGCUGCAGGAGGACACGUCUGAUGGUAGUGAUAUAACCAUGACAUCCCUUCAUUUUGCCUUACUGUGUCCUCUCAGUAAGACUAGAAUGACACUCCCAUGCCGAGCCUCGACCUGUAAGCACCUGCAGUGCUUUGAUGCUGCUUUCUACCUCAAGAUGAAUGAAAAAAAACCCAAAUGGAUCUGCCCUGUGUGUGCAGACCCAGUUGAGUAUGAAAAUCUCCAGAUAGAUGAGCACUUCAAAAAUAUUCUUGAAGAAAAUAUAUCAAGUGAUAAAAUAUUACUGCAAGCUGAUGGAAGCUGGAAACCAUUCCAACCACAAGAUUCAAGUGAGAACAUCUUGACCCUUGAUGAUACCCUUGACUGCAGUAGUCACGCUGCUAAUGUUGCUGGCAAUUUCACUGCUGACAACAUCAGUAAAGCUCAUCACACUACCAUUGACCUCUUGAGUGAGGACGAAGCUUCAGCAUUGGAUGAUGAGGAUGACAAUUCUGCUUUGAGUGUCACAGAUUCAGCACCCAGCACAAGUGGCGAGAAUGGCAAAUCAGUUGAAGUCGUGGUUCUGAGUGAUGAUGACUCAUUUGGAAGUCCACCACGCAGUAGAAGUCGGCGGCAGAAAUCUGUUGGUCACCAGGUUACCAGUACCCCAAGCACCAGCCUCUCACUGAAAAUCUCUACAGAAGGUGAAAGUAAGACUCCUACACUCAGAAGAUCUAAAAGAAAAACUUCACAAGGCACAAGAAAAAAAUCUCCUCUCAAUAAGAGCAUUGAUCGACCUCCACUGCGGAUGACAUUGAGGAGUCACUCAAGAAUGAUGAAGCUAGAAAACUUGCAUAAAACUUGAUGUUUGCCUGGUCUGGACUGUUUGUUCAAUCAACUUGACACAAUUUUCUCAUUGAAAGUCCUGAUAAGGUGUGUUCAAUAGAGCGAAUCCCUGGUUUCAUGGACUCAGAUUCUGGAUUUUGGAUUUUUUUUACUUCACAGUAAGCUCAUCAGUAUGGAGAGUAAUUGGUGCAAAAAGAAACUUGCCAAAUUCAGAAUUGCCGACCAUAUAGGCUUCAUUCAUUAGAAAAAUGUCUAACUGGUGUUGCAAGAUUAUGCCAACAUCACUUUUCUUCAUCCCUUUAAUGCACAAUGAACUUAACUGCAGAGGAAGAAUUCAUAAUCAUUUAUACAAUGCUAUUGCAUACAGUAAAACGAAAUUAUUACUGAGGUGCCUGGUAAACACAAAGUUGGUGUGGUGGCAUCCCAGACUGAGGAAAAGGCCCAAGUUCCUCACCUCCCUUCUGUACCGGCUCUGCAACUACUGGCUGGCCGUGCCACUACUUCCCCUUCCACCAAUUGGUCAAAUCCUUAUUUGGUUCCAGGCAGACUGGUUCAUCUGCAUUGUUGGCUGGGCUUUCACUGACUUCUGUCUUCUCUAAAAUUUCCUCUCAGGUGUCAGUCAGUCAACCUUCUCAGGGGGUCAUACACUUGCUGUAAAAUAUCAGUUUUACAUUGGAAAUAAAUCUCCUUCCUAAUCAUGUGUAGGGGGUAAAAAUUAAGCAUCCCUGUACAUUGCCCAUUUAUUGCAUUGAAAUGAGCACAUGCCUUGUCUCAUUGUUUCUGUUCUCAGCAGCACCCCUCUUGGAGUUGUUGAUUGUAUAUCAAUUUGUGUAUUUAAUACCCUUGAAAAUAAUUUAACUUCCUGUUUUAUAUUUUUAGUGAUUGGAAGUUCUUACAUAGUUACACAUAUUAAUUGAAUACAGUCAAACCUCAACAUCCACUGUGUUAGGUAAUAGACACACUUGCAGAUGUUAAUUGGAUAUCUAGUAGUGAUACUUGCAUACAGCAUUCAUUUGUGUGGUUACUGCAAGUAUGAAGGUAUGCGGUGAGCCCCGCAAGUGCUUUAGCUCACCAUGAAUGUGCUUCUUUUCAGUUCAUGUCCAUGCAGAGUGGUUGGUAUGUGUAAACAUAUAUAACUGUAAAUGCUGUGAUGAUUUGGAUUGGGUUUGAAAGGACGCUAAAUUGACUAAAUAUUAUGGGUAAGGAAAAAAAAUAAAAAUAAAGAGUGGAAACGUACU